UUUUUAUAUUGUUAACAUUCAGUUUUUAUUGUAUUUUUAUUAUGAACAGUUCAUUGACGGAUGAGUCCAUAGGCGACGAUUUAUCAACAACAGAAGCAAUAGUGACAUACAAGGUCGUGGAUAAUGGUACCGAACGAGGGAAAAGGAAGCUUGUGUCCAGUGACGGACACACCUUUACCAUGAAAAGGCAGAACAAGGGCAGUACUGAAUGGCGGUGUAGUAUUCGCAACAAAACAACCCUCUGUCCAGUUAUUAUAAAGGAACGAGUCGGGACGUACAACGCCAACACAGAGCACUCCCACGCCGCCAAACCAGGAAUAUUGACAGCAGUCAAGAUCCAGGCUGAGUUGAAAGUAAAGGCACCUAUGACACUCUUCGAGCCAGCACAAAAUAUUGUUGAUAAUAUCCUAGCUGAGCAUGUGGAUAACAGAGAACCAGAGGCAUCCAUCCAGGCGGUUUGGAGAAAGAUCCAAGAAAACGGACUUCAGACUGCUUACAGCCAGAAAGAUGCUGUAUAUAAGUUUUUUAGAAAAGUCCUUGCCUUGCCAUUCCUACCCGCUGAACAUAUAUUGCCAACAUUCAAUAAAUUAGAAGAAAAGGCCACAACCGAUCAAAUUAAAGUGGUUAUGAAAUACAUAAUGGAUAAUUGGCUGACCAGUAAUAUAUGGACCAUCCCAACAUGGAGCGUGUUUGGCAGGACAAUCCGAACCAAUAAUGAUGUCGAGGGAUGGCAUAAUCGAAUCAACCAAAAGGCCAGAAAAGGGAAUUUACAGUUUUAUCUACUGAUAUCUUUGUUGUAUAAAGAAGCAGCGCAGCUACCGACACAAAUGAAAAUGGUCUCAGAAGGAAAAUUAAGAAGACACCAGAAAAAACAAUCACGAACUACACAAAGCAAGUUAUUUCAACUUUGGAAUUUAUAUACCAGUCAGGAAAUAAGCACCAACCAGCUACUAAAAAGAUGUGGGGGGAUAUAUGGACCGAACUGAAGGACAGACUUACGUAAUAAAUGACUGACUGAACGACAAACUGACAGACUAAAUUACUAAAUGACUGGCCUAAUAAAAUGUAUUAGUUGAUGAUAUUGUUGAGGUUAUAAUAAAAUGUAUUAUUUAAUAAAUUGUUGAUGUAAUAAAUUCAUACAUAAAUGUAUUAUUUAAUAAAUUGUUGAUGUGAUAAAUUCAUACAUAAAUGUAUAAUUUAAUAAAUUGUCGAUGUAAUAAAUUCAUACAUAAAUGUAUAAUUUAAUAAAUUGUUGAUGUAAUAAAUUCAUAUAUUAGUGAUUAUUUGUGGUAUUUAUUUGUAACUUGGAAUGAGUCGGGUGUUUUAAAAGUUGGGAUGAAUUGUCUUUUGACUUGGGAUGAGUUGUCUUUUGACUUGGGAUGAGUUGUCUUUAAAAGUGGGAUGAGUUGUCUUUUAUUGGGAUGAGUUGUCUGGGAUGAGUUGUCUUUGGGAUGAGUUGUCAGG